GAACGAAAAAGACAUAUUGGUGACAAAUCAUAGCGGAAGUGUUUAUUGAUUGGCAUUAUAUUUCGUUGAGCAGUGGGAAACGUAAAAAUCCUAUUAGUGCAAAAAAUAUUGAAAAAAAAAAACGAAAGUGUAAUCCUGUUAGUGUACCAAGAACUUAUCAUCACUUGCAACCAACAUAAGUGGAAGAGGUUGGAAAGAAAGUUGAACAUGCUUCUAGUUGUAAACUAGAAACGUGCUCCAUUCUGUUGGCAGCAGUUGCAAGUUGCAACACAUGAGUAGGCAAUGUGCGACUGAUUGUUUGAUACCAACAUUUGCCAAUAAUCCCGAGCUGAACGAUCACAUCGGCGGAAGGGUGAAACCAUCGAACUACAUAGAACGAUUCGAUCCGCGCAAUCCUGAGCUUUGCGACAGCUUUAGUAAUUAUCGCGAGUUGAAUAAGGGCAAGAAAAAAGGGUACGAUGCGACUAAAUACAAAGACUUUCACGAGCUGCAGGCCGACUUUAAGGAGCUGCAAAGCAAGGGCCGGAAAAAGGAUGACCCUAUGAUGCGAAAAGGACACCGGAAGAAGAAAAAGAAGAAGUCCAAGCUAAAUUUUGAGGGAGAAACCUUCAAAGAUCCCGAUCCAUACCAGCUGGCGGUUCGGAAGACCAAGUACGAGAAGCAGAAGAGUAAGUUUGUAUUUGAGGGGGAAACUUUUAAAGAUCCCGACCCAUUUGAGUUGGCCAUCAAGAAGCGCAACCCUGAUCAAGUUCAAAACGAUAGAGAUAUCCAGCAGGAAUUUAUGAAACAGCUUCAUCAUGCGCAUCCCGGGUUAGUUCACGGAAAUUCGGAUAUGAGUAAGCAAUCCUAUAUUGGAAAUUUGGAUAACGAUGAUGGCAGCUUCGAGGUUGAAGAAGCUCCUUGUCUGAAUCGGUCCGCAUUGGCACAGUUUCUAGCCGUUGGAGUCAAAAACGUCCUGCUGCUCGGGUACGGCAUGACCCUAGGUUUUCCGACUAUAGUGAUUCCAGCCAUUCAAGGUGGUGAUGGACGAGUGCCAAGCUACGAGAAGGAUUUUAUUCUAAGCCGAGAGCAAAUUUCCUGGCUAAGCUCGAUCAAUUUAAUUUGUGUUCCACUGGGUUGUGUUUUUUCGGGAAUGCUAACCCAACCGAUUGGAAGACGUCGUGCGAUGCAGAUUGUUAACAUACCGAUGCUGAUCGCGUGGCUGCUGUUUCACUUUGCCGAUGAUGUUCAUUUCCUGUACUGUGGCCUUGCCCUGGCUGGUUUCAGCGGAGGCUUAAGCGAAGCACCCGUACUAACAUACGUAUCGGAGAUUACCCAACCUCGGUACCGUGGAAUGCUGGCGGCAACUGGGUCAACUUGCGUCAUUAUCGGUGUUCUUAUCCAAUUCUUGAUGGGCAGUUUUCUUCGAUGGCGCACGGUAGCUUUGUGGAGUGCUUGCGUUCCGAUUAUUUCGUUUAUGUUGCUUUUUGCCGUUCCUGAAAGUCCCGUUUGGUUGGCGGGAAAAGGCAAACACAAACAAGCCCAGCGAUCGCUAGCCUGGUUGCGCGGAUGGACUAUCGAAGAGGAAGUUGAAACGGAAUUUCGCGAAAUACGUAAACAUAUGGAGGAAAGUAUUGAACAUGAUAAAGACUAUACGCUGGUCCAGAAGGUGAAAAAAUACGGUUCACGAUCGUUCCUGCAACCGUUUUGCAUUAUAAGCUUUUGCUUCUUUGUCGGUCAUUUCUCCGGUAUGACGACACUUCAAACAUAUGCUGUUCAGAUCUUCCACACCCUCAAAGCCCCGAUUGAUAAGUACUAUGCCACAAUUUUAUUAGGAGUUGCGGAACUACUUGGGACCCUUUUCUGUGUGUGCCUCGUUCACUUCAGUGGUAAGCGUCCACUGGUUUUUGUGUCCACAAUCGGAUGUGCCAUAUGUUUUUUCUCUGUCGCUUCGUACGCCUAUUUCCUGAGCUCCAUUCCUGGAUCCACCGUAAGCAACAUAGUUGCCAAUGUUUCGGCCAUCAAGGCCGAAAUUCGUGUCAUACCCCUUAACCAUACCACAGUGAUUGCAAUUCUUCCUGAGGUGUCCAACAACAUGACUGCAGUCUCGAACGAAACCAUGCAAGGAAUGUUCAACAGCUCCUCGGAUGUAGUCUACGACAACCAGAAUUUCAACCCUUAUUAUUUGAACGGAUCGUACGAUGACAGUGUGAACAUCAGCGUUCCCUACGGAGAGUAUGUUAUUAAAUCAGCAAUUCCUACGGAUGUUCUGGUAAAGAUUCCAAAUAUUGAGAGUAAGUAUCUCUGGAUACCGUUAACCCUGCUGCUAGGCAGUGCUUUUCUAACGCACAUGGGAAUUCGUUUAAUCCCGUGGAUGUUAAUCGGCGAAUUGUUCGCUCCGGCCAUAAGAAGCGGAGCUUCGGGUAUCGCUGGAGGCACUGGGUACAUAUUUGGUUUUCUAGCAAACAAACUGUUCCUCUGGAUGCUAUCUACCUUUUCACUACCGGGAACAUUCUGUAUUUACUCUGCCAUAGCAGUUGCCGGUGCCAUAAUACUGUACCAAGUUCUACCCGAGACGGAGGGAAAAAGUCUGGUUGAAAUCGAAACAUAUUUCAUGUCCAAGCGAAAACGAAGCAUUCAUUUCGAUCUCGAAUGCGCACCUCCCAUGCCGAAACCUAGAGGGACGGUCACUGCCUUCGCUCCUCCACCUCCGCUGCCACCACGAUCGCAUCCGCUGAAGGACGAUGUUGGUCGGAUACGAAAAAUCUCCCAGCAGUUUGGAGCUCAAUCGAGAAAAUCUUCCACAAGUUCAGUUCCGCGCAAGAUUUCGCAAACUUCCAUCGGUGAGGUCGAAGCGCCAAGAAAGAUAUCCACCACCUCGUCGCGAGGUUCGCUGCAAUCAUACGACCUAACCUCCUCGCAUCCUAGUCAGACUUCCGAACAACACUACCGGAAAAUCUCCGCAAGCCAGUUGCCAACUAUUUCGGCCAGCCCACAACGUGUUCGGAAAGUGCCUACGACGCAGUCAAAACCAAACACGACCACCAAACCGACAGAAGAAACCACAGCACUCGAAUCCCGGAAUGUUCCAAUUCUAGUGGUGCCACCGCAAAAAGUUCCUACGAAAACUAAAUCAGCGUCGAAAACUAGUCGAAAGAAGUCACCUUCGUUGAAAAAUUUCAACAUCAACAACUGGGAGAGUAAUCUAAAAUUCGAAGAAUUUAUACGCCGUCGGCAGAACCUUAAAACUCCGCAGGAGUUGAACAAAGACAAUGAUGAUGAUGACGAUAGCCUGCUGCAUACGACCGCCAGUCAGCACGAGCUUAAUAAUUUUGACAAAUCGGCGGCAACGCAGCGCGAUUCCCAGCUGCUUUCGAUCGGAAUGCAGCGGCACCGGCAAAACUCGGGAAGUCUGAACGCGCUAACCAGCAUCGCCGGGUAUGACAAUCAAGCUUACCUAGGCAGUACAAACAAGACCGCCAGUGAAACCAGGAUGUAGUCAGCCAGUUCCAGUUGUUGUUUGUUAUUAAGCUGUUGUAGGAACUCUGCAGAUGUUGCAAAAAAU